AUGGAUUCUAAUAAUAACGGAGGCAAAGCAAAAACAUCAUUAUCUUUGGCUGAGAAAAGUGAUUCGUCAGAUAAUAAACUUGACAAGGAAAAUUCAAGUGAAACCGUUAGCAAUACAAUUAGGAUGAAGAACGACAGUAGUAGCUUCCCAAAAAAAGAUACUUUCUCGAAUAUAUUCCUACUUAUAUGUAUAAUGGGGGUAUCAUUUGGUAUUUUAUUAGAGAUUAUAAAUAUCGCUAAAAGAAAUCAAAAAUAUAGCGAAGAAAAUUGUAACGAAAGACCAAAGUAUUGGUCGUAUGCAAAACACGCAGAUGUAGAAAACAGAAAUGGAUUGUUGCAACAUGUACACUCAGUCCUUGAGAGAGUUGGAUACGAAAAAGGAUCGAAUAAAUCAUCAUGGGACCUGCUGUGGGCUCAUGAUUCACCUUUUACCUCAUUACACGAUACUCUAUUGAAGCUCAAACCCCAUCAAAGAGUCAAUCACUACCCUGGCACAGGGUACUUGACAACCAAAGUAUAUUUAGCCACCAUAAAUUCUAAGUAUAUACCGAAGGCUUUUAAACUACCAAAGAGUAAGGAAGAUUUUUUUAAAUAUGCUGAAGAGAAUAAAGAUUCUUUAUUUUUGGUAAAACUUAAUACGCAUAGAGGUGUGCAUUUAAAGAACGUGAGUGAAAUCAACGUGUCUGAUGAGAAUAGUUUUGUUCAAGAAUAUAUACAGAAACCGUUCUUAGUGGAUGGACAUAAGUUUGAUAUUGGCGUGUACGUAGUGAUAACAUCAGUUAAUCCUUUGAGAGCCUAUUGGUUUGCAGGCGAUGUACUAUUCAGAUACUGCCCGUCAAAAUACUAUCCGUUCGACCCUAAUGAUUUGGACAAGUAUGUCAUUAGAGACAAAUAUCUACCAACGUGGGAAGUGCCAUCCCUGGCUAUGCCUUUUUCAGCCUUGGGUCAUGGUAUGAAAGACGUCUUCGACAUAUAUGCUAGAUCUAAGGGUAAAGACCCUACUCUUAUGUGGGAGGAGGUAAGGAGGGCUAUAGCGGAGAUACUCAUAAUGAAAGAGCAUCAUAUAAUAUCAGCAACUAAACGCUACCCUUCGCAAGAUAACUUCUUUGAAAUGAUGAGAUUUGACUUGAUUGUGGAUGAAAACCUAAAAGUAUAUGUAUUAGAAGCCAACAUGUCACCGAAUUUAAAUUCAGCAUCUUUUAAAAAGAACGCUUUAAUUUAUGAGCCACUGCUAUACAAUCUUUUUUCAUUGACUGGCAUUUCACGGCAAAUAAAAUCCAACGAUGCCAAUCCAAGCGACAAGUCUGCCGCUAAAGACAUGAUUUCCUCCUAUAAGAACAUAGCAGUGUUCGGGGACCAGUGCGCCACUAUUUGCAAAGACGACUGCAAUGUGUUACCACAAUGUAACCUUUGUAAGCCCUGCCUUGGUAACGAAUUGAAGAAUAGCCUCUUAAAAGCCCACGCUGAGUUUUUGCACAGAGGAGAUUUCAGAAGACUUGUUCCUUUGCCUAUGUCUCAAGUUAAGGAUAUAAACGAAUUUGAGAAAUCAGUGCCGGAGGGCUUGCAGGGGGUAAACAAACUCCAACAUAUGUGGUAUCAAGAGAAGUGUAACCAGGACAUAGCGUGGUGUACAUAA